CGGCCGCGCGGUCCCGGUGCCCCCCGCCGCUGCCGCCACGGGCCGGGCCGGGCCGGGCCAGACCAUGCGGUGCGUCCUCAUCGCCAGCACUGCGGCCGAGCUGCUCUUCUACUGGGCCGAUGAUGCUUUCCUCCGCCGGCUGCGGCUGUCCCACGCCGGGCAGGGCCCGGCGCUGGAGGACAGCCUCAACACCCUCUUCGCCCCGCUGAUCAUCUCCUGCGCGGCGCUGCUGGAGAAGCUUGCUGACACCUAUACCUGCUUCACUACCGAGCGUGAGCAGCACCUCCACGUUCUGCACAUGUUUGGGGACUGCCUGUACAUGGCAGUGAACGGCGACGGGACAGAGAGUGAAGACGACCUGCGUCGGACGCUCUUUCUGCUGCGGCGCUUGGUGGAGGCUCACUACGGCCUCGUUGCGCUUGACUGCCAUCUGAUCCGCAAGGAGUUGCGUCCAGCUGAUUCGGAGCAGCGGGAACGUGUCUGGAGCCUUCUGCGGGGCCUGCUAGAGACCUACAGCCACCUGCGGGAGGAGGACCAGAGCUUUGCUGUGGAGGCUGUGGAGCGGCUGAUCCACCCUCAGCUGUGUGAGCAGUGCAUCGAGUUCCUGGAGCGGCAGGUGGUGCAGUACAUCAACACCAGCCCCGAGCGUGGUGGGGAUGAGGUGGGCCAUGCCUUUCUCCUGGUACAUACCAAGCUGCUGGCCUUCUACUCCAGCCGUAACGCCAGCUCCAUCCGCCCUGCUGACCUGCUUGUCCUCAUCCUCCUGGUGCAGGACCUGUACCCCAGCCAGACUGCUGAGGAAGAGCUUGGCCCCCAGCCUGCUGCAGGGAAUGUGCCUCUCCAGGGACCCAAGAGAAGUGAGAGCAUUCCUGUGAGUGGUUCUGGCUCUCACAAUGCUGUGGAGAAGGACUCAGAUGAUCAGGACACAGACGAUCUAUCUGUGUCAGAGGUUUACUACACACCUGAGCCCUCGCCAGGCAGGCACAGCACAGGCAGUGAGAGCUGGUCAGAGGGUGCUGAGAUGCUGAGCACUGGGGAGGCAGAUUCUGCAGAUGUCCAGAUAGCAGAGGACUUGCUGCAGACCUUAGGGCCUCAUGUCCCUUCAAACCCUAGAAGAAUCUUCCUGGAUGCCAACCUGCGGGAAGGUUACUGCCCCUUGCUGCCACACACCAUGCACUGCCUCCCACUCUGGCCAGGCAUCUCACUUGUCCUCCUGACCAAGGGCCCCACAACCCAGGUGGCCAUCACUUUGUACCAGCUGCUGGAUGGUUUCUUGGUGCUGGAGAGGAAGCUGGAAGAGGGACCAGAGGCAGGAUCGCCACGGUCCUACCCAUUUCUGGCAGAGCUUCGGCAGCGCAUGGACAAGUUUGUGAAGAAACUAAGUGGGCAGGACAUUCAGUUGCAGAACUCCUGGGCAGACUUCAAGAACAAGAUAUUUUCCCGUAGUGAGUCUGGCAGCUCCAUGGAGCUACUGCAGGCAGUGACCAACGUGAAACGUCAGCUCUGCUCUGUGUACCGCCAGCUCUUCCUGGCCUCCAGCAGCCACAGCCUGUCCCAGGGGCUACGGGCCCACGUGCAGAAGCUCAUGAGGGAGAAGCUGCUGGACUGGCGGGACUUUCUGCUGGUGAAGAGCAGGCGCAAUAUCACCAUGCCCACGUACCUGGAGGACUUUCCUGGCCUGGUGCACUUUAUCUAUGUGGACCGCACAGUUGGGCAGAUGAUGGCACCAUCACUCACCAUCACAGAGAGGUCCAGCUCGGAGCUAGGCAAAGGCCCCCUGGCCACCUUCAUCAAGAGGAAGGUCUGGUCCCUGAUUGCACUGGCCCGGCGCUACCUACAGAAGGGCUACACGACAGUCGUGCUGCAGGAUGGUGACUACUGCUGCUCCUACUUCCUCUGGUUUGAGAAUGAGCUGGGCUACAAGCUGGAAGUGAUAGAGGUGCCAGUUCUCUCUGAUGAUUCUGCUCCCAUUGGGAUGCUGGCAGUAGACUACUACAGGAAGUUGCUGCGCUACUACAGCAAGAACCACCAGGCAGAGAUGGUGAAGUGCUAUGAGCUGCUGACUAUACACUUGGGCAUCAUCCCUUCUGAGCUCGUAGUCCAGCAGGCCUGUGACUUAGCCCGGCGCCUCUGGGAGCCCUCACGCAUCCCUCUGCUCUGAGCUGUCUCAAGCUACCUCUGGACUAGGAUUAAAGUGGAUGUCUGGGUGUUCCCAGCACCUGGGCUGUUUUCUGGGUA